AUGCUUGUCCUAGAUUGUGUUGCACCAUUUCACGUAAAAGUCCGAAAAUUUAUCUGUGCAAAUUAACAAUUUCUAAAUAAUUUUACGUCGUUACUGGUUACCGAAAUCUAAACCUCAACAAUGUCCAAGGAAAUAACAAUGGAACAAGUGGCAAGGCAAAGAUAUAGUAAGAGAUCACCGUAUUGGAUCGUCAUUCACAACGAUGUUUACGAUGUUACAAAUUUUUUGAACGAACAUCCUGGUGGUGUUGAAGCCCUGACAGAUUAUGCAGGUAAAGACGCCACAAAGGCUUUCGAAGAUGUGGGUCACAGUGAAGACGCCAGAGAAAUGAUGAGGAAAUAUAAAAUAGGGCAUGUGCCUGCAGCACAAAGGAACACAUACUUUGACCCUUGGUAAGUCUAUGCUUAUGAAUGUUUGUUUAUCAAGUAUUAUUGUAACAUGAAAUCAAAUUUCGAAGUCAUGCUACGGCUCUCGAGGGUGGACCGUGAACGACGAGUGAACGUCACUCUCACACUCUACUCUAGCACAGUUUCCCAAAAUGGUCCCCUGUGGGCGCUGAAGAGUCCUAGAGGGGCUGUAGGGGCCUCUGGGGUGCGUUCCUGCCGUCCUGGGGGCCUACCACAACCUCUUAAAACCUUACACUGACGUUUCGUACCAUGACGCGCGCUUAAAGUAAGCUUAUUUAUUUUUAUGUUAAAAGUAUGAUGUUUUAUUGGCAGCUUUGUGACUAUUCAUUCACUCAGUUCGCACAGUCAAGAGCACGUCGAGCUUGACACUUUAGACUUUGGAUCGUUCGAAGUGAAACGGAGCAAAAGGGUAACAGAGAUAAACAAACUUUUCUCUCACACGCGUCACACUUUUUGUGCUGCACUACGUUACUUGUUUG